AUGCCAAUCAAAACUCCUGCAUUUCCCUACCGUCGGGGCUCGGGGGCCUCUGACAAGGACUUUUUCGAUAUUGAUGAUGAGUCAACUAUACAAAUUGCAAAGCGGCAGUUGCGCCGACCCCGUACAUGGAUCAUCCUACUUGCUUGGUUCUGCAUCCUAAAAUGGUGGUAUCGCGCCCAUCCUCCACCGAACCCAUCGCCUCAUCUCGACUAUACCAGGGUGGACUGGUCACGCUAUGCCUAUACUCAGUAUGCGACCUCGGAAACAUAUCUCUGCAAUUCCGUCAUGCUUUUCGAGGCAUUAGAUAGGCUGGGAAGCCAGGCAGAACGUGUUCUCUUUUAUCCACAAGAAUGGGAUUUAAUUAUCAAGAAUGAAGCAGAUCGAACAAGUCAAUUGCUGCGUAUGGCAAUGAACCAAUACAAUGUGCAAUUAAAACCCGUCGCUAUCGAGGGCCUUAAGGUGGAACCACAGGAUGAACACGGGUCCUCCGAAGCCUCAUGGGACACAAGUUCAGCAAAAUUAUUUGCAUUCGCUCUGCUCGAAUACGAUCGAGUCAUACAUUUAGAUUCCGAUAUGACCCUUCUGGCCUCCAUUGAUGAGCUAUUCUUCCUUCCCAAGGCUCCUGUUGCCAUGCCUCGUGCGCAUUGGCUGCUUCCCGAAACAAAAUCCCUCUCCUCGCUCAUCGUUGUCCUCGAACCAUCCUACCGUGAAUAUAAGAUUCUCCAGGAGAGUGUCCAUUCCGUGGGCGGGGUGAACUUUACCGACAGUCGCUUCGAUAUGGAAUUAUUGAAUGCUCGGUAUGGUGAGAGCGCGAUGGUUCUCCCACACCGUGAAUAUGGACUUGUAUCGGGGGAGUUCCGACGAAAAGAUCAUUGGAGAUAUAUGGGCAAUACGGAGGAACGGUGGAACCCCGACCAAGCCCUGGCGGAGGCUAAAUUUGUACAUUUUUCAGACUGGCCAUUACCGAAGCCUUGGAUUAUGUGGCCUCAAAAGUUAUUGUCUGAGUUGCAGCCCAUGUGCGAUAAUAACCCAGGAACACCAGAAGAGAGUGGAUGUCGGGACCGCGAGGUUUGGAAAGAUCUCUAUGACGGGUUUCGACAUCGACGGAAGGAUAUUUGCAAGCUGCUUAGCUAUCCAGCGCCGAUCUGA